AUGCGCGCAUUGCUGCUGCAAAUCCUACCUCACGCCUCAAAGCGGCGCAGCGGUGGCCCUGGCCGUCGGGCAGCUAUGGUGGCGAGACUUCGUCUCGGCAGGUUCAACCAUGCCACAAAGGAGACUCGCUGGAAAGGCUCCAAGGCAAGGGAAUUAGGCGAUGGCUACAAGCUGAUCUACCACGGCACAUCAAAUCGCAAUGGCGUUGGUAUCAUAUUGAACGAGUCGUUUAGAAACAGCGUCACAGCAGUGGAUCGACUAUCGGAUCGCCUGAUGGCUGUAAAAGUAGACACAGGAGAAGUGGAAUUGCGAGUCGUCUCUGCUUAUGCGCCACAGGCGGGCUGUAGUGAAGAAGAAAAGGCAAGCUUUUGGGAGGAUCUGGAGCAGUACGUCCAAUCCCUGCAAGGCGAAGAAGUACUUUUAAUCGGAGGAGACUUCAAUGAACUUGUCGGUUCUCGAAAAGACGGAUUCGAGAGUUGUCAUGGUGGACACGGCUAUGGAGCUCGUAACGACGACGGGUUGCGAAUCCUGGAGUAUGCUGUCGCAAGUGACUUGAUCAUUGCUAACACGCAGUAUCGGAAAAGAAAAUCGCAUUUGAUCACGUACACCAGCGGCGGUCGUGAAACACAAAUAGAUUUCUGGAUGUUACGCCGACAAGAUCGCCGACUUCUGCAGGAUUCAAAAGUCAUCCCUACAGACCAUGUCGCUGCCCAACACCAUCUGCUCGUUAUGGACUUGAAAAUCUCCCGUCCAAGGAAGGGACAUCCAAGGACCGAAACACAGCGCAUCAAAUGGUGGAAUCUGAAGGAUCGAAAAGAGGUAUUUCUCGCGUCCGUGGCUCUAUCUACACUUCCCCACCAUACUCGUAGUGUGGAGGAAAUGUGGUUGUCUACUUCCAGCGUUAUACGCUUGACCGCGGAAAACACUCUGGGAAAGACGACUCUAGGUAAGCCAAAGGUACAAAAGGCUACGUGGUUUUGGAACGAGGAAGUUCAGGCGGCAAUUCGUGAGAAGAAGUCCAAGUAUAAGCUCUGGUGGAGGACGCGUCAGCCUGAAGAUCGGGGUGCUUACCUAGCGGCGAAGAGGGAGGCUAAGAAGGCAGUCUCCAAGGCGAAGUCAGACCGCUACAAGGCUGUGUACGACAUGCUUGAUACCAGAGAAGGCGAGCGGGCAGUGUAUCGUUUAGUCAGAGCACGUCAUCGCUCAACGUUGGAUAUGGAGCACACCAAGAUCGUUAAGGGAGCUGAUGGAGCCGUUCUGCGCCGCUCUGGUCAGAUCCUGGAGAGGUGGCGAGAGUACUACAAUCACUUGUGUAACGAAGAGUUCUGUCAUCCUCCCAUCCCAACCGUUCCCAGCGUCGAGGGUCCUGUUCUACCAAUUACUGCCGUCGAAGUCAGUGCUGCCCUCGCAAAAAUGAAGUCGAACAAGGCAACCGGUCCUGAUGACAUACCUGUUGAUAUCUGGAAGCUGCUAGGAGAUCGAGGAAGGACGGACACCAGACGUUUGGCAAACUUCCGUGACCGUGCCUGUCUGGAAAGGGAAGGAGACAUUGCUGACUGCACCUCGUACAGGCCCAUACGACUGCUCUGCCAUACGAUGAAGGUUUUUGAACGUGUCCUGGAAGCUCGUCUGAGGAAAAUUGUUAGCGUUUCACUCAACCACUGCGGUUUUGUGAAGGACUGCAGCACUAUAGAUGCUAUCCAUGCUGUCCGAAUCCUCCUGGAGAAACAUCGAGAGAAGAACCGCAGUGUGCAUCUUGCUUUUCUCGAUCUCGAGAAAGCUUUCGACCGUGUUCCACAUGAGCUGUUAUGGAUGUCCAUGAGGUGGCAUAGAGUACCAGAUGAAUAUGUGCGGUGGACGAAGCUACUUUAUGCGAAGCCUACCAGCGUUGUACGAUGUGCUGCUGGAACAAGCAGGCCAUUCCCUGUACAAGUGGGGGUUCAUCAGGGCUCAUCCCUCUCACCUCUGCUGUUCAUACUGUGCAUGGACACGAUAACGAAGGAAAUCCAGAAGCAGCAUCCGUGGACUCUACUCUUUGCCGACGAUGUCAUGCUCGCGUCGAAGUCUCGAGAUGAUCUUCAGAAACAAGUGCAGUCUUGGAAGGAUCAGCUGCAGCAAUAUGGAUUGCGCCUCAACACAUCAAAAACUGAGUACAUGGAGUGCGGACCAAGGAUAGAGGAUGGUUCAAUUCGUGUUGAUGGCACCGAAUUAAACAAGGUGAACUGCUUCAAGUACCUUGGAUCCAAAGUGACUUCCACAGGCGACAUUGAUCAAGAAGGUCGAGCACGUGUUAAUGCUGCAUGGAUGAAAUGGAAAAUGGCAACAGGGGUACUGUGCGACAAGAAAGUCCCUGUUCGACUGAAGUCGAAGAUCUACAGGACGGUUGUGCGUCCUGUUGCCCUUUACGGAUGCAAGUGCUGGCCGACAACGAAAGCUUUGGAAAGAGUGCUGCACGCUAUGGAGAUGCGGAUGUUGAGGUAG